AUGACCGAAACUGAUAAUCUGUCAUGCCUGCUGUAUGGCCCUGGCAAGGCUCGAUUUGAGAAUCGAGAGAUCCCAACCCUCGAGGACCCGCAUGAUAUUCUAGUUCGCAUCGCGUAUGUGGGUGUCUGUGGAAGUGAUGCUCACUUCUGGGCUCACGGCGGUGUGAUCAGGAUGGUCUCGGACGAAGAACCGCUGGUCAUGGGCCACGAGGCAUCAGGGGUUGUACACACCGUUGGGACGGCAGUGACGAAAGUCGUCCCUGGAGACCGCGUCGCGAUUGAGCCCGGAUUCCCCUGUCGGAGAUGUAAACAAUGCAAGGCAGGGAAGUAUAAUCUCUGUCCGCAGAUGCAGUUUGCCGCCGACCCGCCGGGAAACCACGGUACCUUGACACGUCUCUUCCGCACGCCCGAGGAUUUCGUGUAUCGGAUUCCUGAGACGGUGUCGCUGGAGGAAGGUGUUCUCAUCGAGCCAUUGAGUGUGGCAGUUCACGGGGCUCGUCUGGCUGAUCUCACUCCGGGGCAGACGGUCCUGGUUCAGGGAUCGGGGACAAUUGGUCUGCUGGCAGCAGCGACGGCCAAGGCCUUUGGGGCGAAGGAGGUGUUUAUCUCUGAUAUCAACCCCACAAAGCUGGAAUUUGCACGAGACUUUGUGGAAUGCCGGACAUUCAUGCCAGAUGUCAAGUCGCAACCAGAGAAAGACGCAGAGCGAAUGAAGAACGAGCUGGAUCUGGGUGAAGGGGUAGAUGUGGUUCUGGAAUGUACGGGAGUGGAGUCCUCGGUCCAGACGGGGAUUUAUGCCUCGGGACCUGGAGGAGUGGUGGUUCAAAUCGGACUUGGCAAACCGGAUCUGAGAGUACCCAUCUUGAAUAUGUGUGAGAAGGAGACGGUCCUGAAGACGGGUUGGCGAUAUGGACCGGGAGACUUUGAAGUGGCCCUCGGGUUGCUCAGCUCCGGCCGGAUGGAGGUCAAAUCAUUGAUUAGUAGAAUUGUUCCCUUUGAGCAGGCACCUGAAGCGUGGGAAAUGACAAGGAGGGGAGAGGGGAUCAAAAAUUUGAUCCGGGUGCAAUAG